AUGGCUAACAAGCUGCGGCCACAGGCCACCAGCCCGCUCAUCGAGCACUUGAAAGCAGCCCGGCAGUCAACAGCGGUCGGAAAUGCUUCGAAGAGCCAUGUGAUGUUUCAGAGCGAGGCACGAGAACGGCUGGUUGAUCUCGCGGAACUUUCUGGUCAUAUCAGCGAGAUAGCCCAGGAUCAGCUGAUACAGCAAAAGCUCGAGGUGGCGAGCGACGAGCAGAAGCAAAUUGCCUUCAAGCAGGUGCUUCAAAAGAUGUCGCAGCUGACGACCGAUGUUUUCGGAAACUACGUGAUACAGAAAUUCUUUGAGUAUGGAAACUCUGAGCAGAGGCGUAUCCUCGCGGAGCAGCUGGUGGGACAAGUCUUGAAGCUUUCGCUCCAAAUGUAUGGGUGCCGGGUAGUGCAGAAGGCGCUGGAUUCGGUUCCCAUCGAACAGCAGGUGCUUUUGAUUGGCGAGCUGAAGGGUCACGUCAUCAAAUGUAUUGAAGAUCAGCAUGGCAACCAUGUCAUCCAAAAAUGCAUUGAACGCCUGCCGACCGACCGGAUCGGCUUCAUCGUCGAUUCGUUUGCUGGUCAGGCUUCUCGAAUGGCCAAACACUGUUAUGGCUGCAGAGUUAUUCAGCGGCUAAUAGAAUAUUGUGCUUCGGCCCAGAUAUCUGCACUUCUCGACGAGGUGUUGGGUUGCUGCGGCUCGGCAUACGAGACCACCACUAAAAUCCAGAUGCCAUGUGGAGCAGAAGCGGCAGUAGCACCAGCACCAGACAAGCACUGGAAAUUAGUAUUAUUGUGA